AUGUGUUGCCAUGUAGUUCAGCGCUACCAGCAUGAACGAGUAGAAGUGGAGUUUGAAGAGGAAUAUAUUUUUGGAUGCUAUUUCAAAAACGACACCAACGGAAACAAAGGACAAAGAGGCAGAAUGAGGUCUUGGUCGGGUCCUCUGCUUUUCUCUCUCAUGUUUGGCUUUGGUGAGCUGAUUUCCGCUCAAAUCAAAUACUCGAUUCAAGAGGAAGUUAAACUGGGAGCAGUUAUUGGAAAUGUUGCCAAGGAUUUGGGCAUUGAUGUCGGUACAUUGAUACACCGGCGUUUCCGUAUUGUGUCUGGACCUCACGACGCGCUAUUUGAGGUAAACCCGAACAAUGGCGUUUUGUAUGUUCAUACAAAUCUCGAUAGAGAAAAGCUGUGCGACACAAAUGUUGAUUGUUUAUUAGAUCUGAAAAUUGUUGUUGAAAAUCCACUUGAGAUCCAUUAUGUCACAGUAGAAAUAACGGAUACAAACGACCAUGCACCGACGUUUGUCGAGAAAGAAAAGGUUUUAGAAAUAACAGAGAAUACUUUGACCGGAGCGCGAUUUCAGUUACCAGGCGCACGCGAUCCAGAUGUUGGAAUAAAUUCAGUCCAGCGCUAUAAAUUUAGUCCAAAUGAUCAUUUUAAUCUUGAAAUUCGAGAAAGAGGCGAAGAUAAAAUCCCCUUCUUAGUGUUGCAGAGGCAGUUGGACAGAGAGCAGAAAACGAACCAUAGCUUGAUUUUAACCGCUAUGGAUGGAGGAACACCACAGAAAUCUGCUAAUCUUAAUCUCACCAUAAUGGUUCUUGAUAUCAAUGAUAACAGACCUACUUUUUCGAAGGAGGUUUAUUCUGUGAUAUUACAAGAAAAUGUUGCUUUAGAAACAGUUGUGACAAAAGUCCAAGCAACUGAUUUCGAUGAGGGAGCUAAUGGGGAUGUCGAGUAUUCCUUUGGAGGUGACAUUAAUUCCAAGGUGUACAAGUUAUUUACUCUAGACAGACAUUCUGGCGAGAUUCGAGUUAAAGGACAAAUUGACUAUGAGACAGCUGAUGUUUUUAAGUUAGACGUCCAGGCUUCUGACAGAGGUCAGCCACCAACAACAACGGACUGCAGAGUUAUAAUAAAGAUCCAAGAUGUCAAUGACAAUCAACCAAAAAUAGAGGUAACAUCAAUAUCUAGCAUGGUCCUCGAGGAUUCAAAACACGGAACUGUGGUCUCUCUCAUCAGUGUUACAGAUAUUGAUUCUGGCCUGAAUGGCAAAGUCAUGUGCAGUCUGACAAAGGAUGUACCAUUUGAAUUAAAACCAUUGUUCAAAGAAAACAUGUACUCUUUGGUGACAAAAGACAAACUGGACAGAGAAACCGUGUCACAUUAUGACAUUUCAAUAACAGCUACAGAUUAUGGCGAGCCUCCACUUUCCACAGUCAAAACGUUGAGUAUUCAGGUAUCAGAUGUGAAUGAUAACGUCCCAGAGUUCUCACAUGGUGCAUUUGAAAUAUAUUUGAACGAAAACAAUAAUCCUGGACCAUCAAUAUUUGCUGUAACUGCAAUUGAUAAAGACUUAAAUGACAAUGCAGCAGUGUCAUACAGUUUAAUUAGAGGGAAAGGCGGUCGUAAUGAUAUGGCAUCUUUUCUGAAUAUUAAUUCUGAAAAUGGAGAUAUUUCAGUACUAAAGGGGUUUGACUUUGAAAGUCUGAAAACGUUCCAGUUCCAAGUUGUCGCCUCAGAUUCUGGAACUCCGUCACUCAGCAGCAACGUCACAGUGAACGUGUUCAUUCUGGAUCAGAACGACAACGCUCCAGUCAUCCUGUACCCAGUCAGCUCUAACGGUUCUGCUGAAGGUGUGGAGGAGGUUCCCCGCAAUGUGAACGCAGGACACUUGGUGACUAAAGUCAGAGCCUAUGACGCUGAUAUAGGAUAUAACGGCUGGCUGCUGUUUUCACUGCAGGAAGUUACUGACCGCAGUCUCUUUGGGUUGGACCGCUAUACAGGACAGAUCAGAACCCUUCGCUCAUUCACAGAGACAGACGAGGCGGAGCAUAAACUGGUCAUACUGGUGAAAGACAAUGGGAACGUGUCUCUCUCAGCAACAGCUACUGUGAUGGUCAGAGUUGUGGAGCCCAAAGAGGCUUUUGCUGCCGCUGAUGUUAAAAGUGCAACAAAGGAUGAGGAGGAUAAUAACGUGACUUUCUACCUGAUGAUAACUUUGGGCUCAGUUUCAACUCUUUUUCUCAUCAGUAUCAUCGUGCUGAUUGCAAUGCAGUGCUCUAAAUCCACAGACUACACUUCUAAAUAUAUACAAGAGCCUAAUUAUGACGGGACCCUGUGUCACAGCAUCCAGUACCGAUCUGGAGAGAAACGCUACAUGCUAGUUGGACCCAGAAUGAGUAUAGGAUCUACUAUAGUCCCGGGCAGCGACGCCAACACACUCAUGCUCCCUGACAGGAGGACUCCUGGAGAGGUAAGAUCAUUUAAAAAAUUGUGUUUUACAAUGUACUUACGAGCAUAUAAUUCUUUAUUUGAUUUAUUGAUCGAAGUUUGA